AUGAUAUUGGAACAAGAGAAGGUUGAUAGACUCAAUCGCCGGUGUAACUUACCUCAUCUCAAUGGAACAAGAGACUGUUCAUGUCAAGAUGUGAAUUUGAUUACACCGCCUUCGGUCUAUAGCAACAGAGUUGCCAGCCUUUUACCUCUUCACUCAUUGCAUUGUUCCAGGGUCUGGGAUUAUCUUUGCUGUUACAAAGCUAAUUCGGCUAGUUUCUUUACUGUAUUUUUUUAUCAAUUGUGUCCAUCAACUGAUCUUUUGGAACCAACUCUGCUCGACGAGCUGAUUUGUCAUAUUGGAAGUCUAGCUUCAGUUUAUCAUAAACCUCCUUCAGCCUUCGUUGAAGGUAAAACUGGUCUCAGAAAAAGUCUUAAUCCUCGUUCAGGAUCCGGCGAUGAUGGCCAAUUGUCUAACGCUACAAAUGAACAACAACCUACCGUAAUCCCAUCACAGGAAACUCUCAUUGGUGAUCUUCUCAGCCUCGAGCUUAAUCCUCCCCCAGUUCAACCAACUUACACUACUUCACCAAUUAGCAGUUAUUCCAAUGUUGAUAUACUUGGAGGUGGUUUAGACACACUUUUGGGUGGUAAUGAUAUUUCACAACCAGCUCCUCCAGUGCCCAGCACAACAUUCCCACCAACCGCCUCUGUACCCAUUCCGCCUGUUCCAGUCUCUUCAACUUAUGGACUUCUUGGUGAUAUAUUUGGCAUUCCAGUUACUAGCACCUUUUUCACCCCACCUAAAGAGCUUUGGCUCUCAGCUACUGAUGGUAAAGGCCUUGAACCAUCAGGGACAUUCACUCGUCGUAAUGGUGCAAUUCAUAUGGAGAUGACUUUUGUUAAUCGAGCAAUGCAAUCCAUGACAGGAUUUGCUAUACAGUUUAACAAGAACAGCUUUGGCUUGGCUCCUGGUCAACCAUUGACUGUCCAAACACCCCUCCAACCCAAUUUAUCCUCAGAUGCGAGUCUACCUUUGAGCACCAAUGGGCCUGUUCAAAAAAUGAAUCCAUUGACAAACCUUCAAGUUGCAGUAAAAAACAACGUCGGAAUAUUUUACUUCAGUGCAGUUGUACCAUUGCAUGUUUACUGUGUUGAAGAUGCUAGCAUGGAUAAACGCGUUUUCUUGUCCACCUGGAAAGAGAUUCCAUCUCAGAAUGAAUUGCAGUUUCCCAUUAACGGUGUUAACCUUGAUGCUGAUGCUAUUUCAUCCAAACUACAAUCCAAUAACGUUUUUACAAUUGCUAAACGAACUGUUGAAGGAAACGAUAUGCUAUACCAAUCGUUCAAAUUAACCAAUAAUAUGUGGAUCCUCGCUGAGCUCAAGAUUCAACCCGGUAGUCCAGAUAUACAAUUAUCUGUUAAAUCCAGAGUCACCGAGAUCGCUUCCUGUGUGCAUAAAAUGUACGAAAUUUCAUGUAUUCCCAAUCAGAAAAGGAGUAAAUAUUUCGAGAGAUUGCAAAUUUCAAAAAUAUCUGUUAUUUUAAUUUUAAUAUUGUGUUUUUUUAAAUUGUCAAAAGGUUAACUAAAUUAAAUCUUAUGGUUGAUAUUAUGUUUUAAAA